AAUUUAUUUAGGAUAUCUGGUCAGCAUGGACAAGUUGAAUGGAAGGGUCUGUUUCCAUGCUGUACAUUUCUACGACUCUGUGACUCAGUUGCUGACACAAGGGUCAAGGUCAUCUCUUCAUUGCAGGUGGAGAACCAAACGUUGGGCAUCCCAUUCACUAUUUAUGCUGGCUGUGUUGGCACAGUUAUGGAUUGUUUUCUCCAUGAGAGAAAGCAAAGUGAAGUGAAAGUGAGUGGCAUGUUUGUUGGUGCGGGUGGGGAAAAGUGGUGAGGUGUCAGGACUCAGUGCACAGGCCAUGCUGAGUUACAAGAAUGGAGGGUUGGGACGGUGACAGUCUGUGAGGGAAGAUGUGAUAUGCAGUAGUGAUAAUAGCAUGAACUUUGAUAGGAGAUGGCUGUAGUGGCAGAGAUAAAUUGAGUAUGAGAGAACAGAGAAGCAUUACUAGUGCUUAUGCUGAUGGAGUGGAAAUGGCAUUGACUGUCUUCCUGCAUUGUUGGGUGUUUCCCCUGACUCUGGAAACCACACUCACCCAAGUGGCAACUUUGGAACAGGCUGGCAGGGUCUGGUGCCCAGACCACCUCUGCCAGACUGGGAUAGGAGGACGGUCCUCCUCAGCACCACCCUUUCUACCAAAGCCUCCUGGUCCAUGUCUAAAAAGCGAGGCAAUAAUUCUCCAUUAUCUACGUAAUCAGGAGCAAAUAUCAUUGAUCACGCAGGGCGGCUCUGGACUGCAAGCUCUCGGGUGCACAAUGGCCUUUUAAAUAAUGAGCUAGUGCCAAGAAUCCUGGGAUGAGUACUUCAGCUUAUGGUGAAUUGGCUAGCAUUGGACAAGCAGGCUGUCAUGGGCAUGACACCUAGUUAAUGAAGUGAGUUUGGGAUGAUAGCUUGAGAAAACUUGAUCAACCUCUCUGGGAGAAACCCUCCAUGAAAUUUGACACAGUCAAUUUCUGAUAAGGUAAGGCCCUUUUUUAAACAAAAUCUUUGAAUGGAAAUAGUGAUUUUGUUCACUGUCCACCUGUAUAGUUUGCUCCAGUUAUUGGUUUUGUUUUGUGCUGCUCCCAGGAGUUGCUUUGAGAUAUGGCCAUUCCAGUUGUUGACCCACAGUAGCAUUUUAAUUUGGUUGUUGAGCCCAAAGAGUUGCUUAUCUCGUCAGUUUCUGUGAAUUGUUUACUGACAGUUAUCUUGAUCCUCGCUGUGAGCCUGAGUCGCUACUUUGUUCACUGUUUGUUAAUUGCAGGAGUCAUUCAGUGGAACCUACUGAUGACUGUAUUUACUGCUAGUUAAGAAUGUCGAGUUCGCCUGGGCGUUGUGAAGCCCCCGUACUGACGUGUUGGGGAGCCCAGGCCAGCCUAACGUCACCCAUUUUCACAAAAGGAAGAAGCUGUCCCACCGCUUACUGCAGCUGCACUGCCCUGUGAACCUGCCUGACGAUCCGGAGCUGAAUGUAGGAGCGGUACAGGGAGGUAGGGCCCCGGAGCCGACUAGCUACAGGUUGUUGUGACGAACAGGGAGUUUCAAUCAGGAAUCUUCGAGUUAACUUUCUCUUAAAGUGAAGUUUUCCUGCUAUUUAAUUUUUUUGUAAUCACUAUGACUGAAAGUACCAUCGUGAAGGAGGGGUGGCUUCACAAAAGAGGAGAAUACAUAAAAACGUGGAGGCCCCGCUAUUUUUUGUUGAAGACUGAUGGUACAUUUAUUGGCUAUAAAGAGCGGCCACAAGAUGCAGAGCAACUAGAAACACCUUUGAAUAACUUCUCUGUAGCACAAUGUCAACUGAUGAAGACAGAGCGACCAAAAUCAAACACAUUUAUCAUCCGGUGUCUCCAGUGGACUGCAGUAAUAGAAAGAACAUUUCAUGUUGAUAGCCCAGAGGAACGGGAAGAAUGGACAAAAGCCAUCCAAACAGUAGCAGAUAGUCUGAAGCAAGAGGAUGACAUCAUGGACUACCACCUACAGUCCCCUACUGAUCACUCAUGGACUGAUGCCAUAGAAAUUUCUCGCACUAGACCAAAAGACAAAGUGACUAUGCAUAAUUUUGAAUACUUAAAACUCCUUGGAAAAGGCACAUUUGGAAAGGAUGAAGUAGCGCAUACUGUGACAGAAAACAGAGUGUUACAAAAUUCUAGGCAUCCAUUCUUAACUGCACUGAAGUAUUCUUUUCAGACAAAUGAUCGUUUGUGUUUUGUUAUGGAUUAUGCAAACGGAGGUGAGUUAUUCUUUCACCUAUCAAGAGAACGUGUUUUUUCUGAGGACCGUGCCCGUUUCUAUGGAGCAGAGAUUGUUUCUGCUUUAGAUUAUCUCCAUUCUGAAAAAAAUGUAGUCUAUAGAGAUCUUAAGUUGGAAAACCUUAUGCUGGACAAUGAUGGUCACAUUAAGAUAACUGACUUUGGGCUUUGUAAAGAAGGUAUCAAGGAUGGAGCAACUAUGAGAACGUUCUGUGGAACACCAGAAUAUCUUGCACCAGAGGUUUUAGAGGAUAAUGACUAUGGGCGCGCUGUAGACUGGUGGGGUCUUGGAGUUGUGAUGUAUGAAAUGAUGUGUGGCCGCCUUCCCUUCUACAAUCAGGAUCAUGAAAAGCUGUUUGAACUCAUUCUAAUGGAAGAGAUCAAAUUUCCACGUACUUUGUCACCUGAAGCCAAAUCUCUUCUUUCUGGGUUGUUGAAGAAAGAUCCCAAACAAAGGUUGGGUGGUGGCUAUGAUGAUGCAAAGGAAGUAAUGCAAGACAAAUUCUUUGCUGGAAUCAAGUGGCAAGAUGUCUAUCAGAAAAAGCUAAUUCCACCAUUUAAGCCUCAAGUGACAUCUGAGAUGGACACAAGAUAUUUUGAUGAAGAAUUUACAGCACAAACAAUAACAAUCACUCCACCUGAUCGAGAUGGCAGCAUGGAAUCCAUAGAUAAUGAGAGAAGACCACACUUUCCCCAGUUUUCUUACUCAGCCAGUGGAAGGGACUGAACUCAACUGCCUUAAAAAAUGAAUAAAGGAAAUUGGAUCAAAUUUUUAAGGACUUAUAAUGAGGAAUGAGCAUGAGAGGUUAUCAGUAUCAUCUGGUUGGUUUUUGGUGAUUUGGACAACAAUGUUUGCUGUUUCAAGAAAGUCUUCAUUUGUGAUAUAUUGGAAUGUGAGCUGCUACUUAAACUGAAAUAUUGUUUCCUGUACACUGAACUAAUUUUAAAUGAGCAAUCAUGGGAGCAUGCAUUUGGAAUACAGGGGUACCAUUUUGAUUGACAGGACAGUGGAAACUGAUAUUUUGAAUGGAACACAUCCUUUAUUAUCGCUACAUAUUUAUGGUCCACCCAAUUGAUCAGAAAGAAUUAAAAUUCUAUUUCAGUAAAAUGCUCAUUAUGCUUGGUUCCUUGCAAAUUAUUUUCAUACCUAUAAACAUAUGGAAUGAUCUAUCCAAUCUAUUGCCAACAAGUGCAAGAUCUAACUAAGAUAAUAGUGCAAAAAGUAAAUCUAUUAAGUCAGAAAUAGCUCAUUAAGCACUACAGGCCCAAUAUACAUUACUGUAAAGGUGAACUGUACUCUGGAAUCCAACCAGAGCUUCGGCUACAAUUUGUUUACCUAUCUACAACGUGUAAGCAUCAAAUUGCCUCAGUGAGGCAUGAUAAUAUCUUCAGCGUGGGAACUUUGCUGCAGUGUAUGAGGAGAAAUUGAAAUCUAGAACAAUUGUUUGCAUUUCAGUGUUCAGCUUCUUACUAACUGAAAUACAUUCCACAUAUUAUCUUGUUUAUAUGUAAUAAACAUGCCAUUUCUUUGAUGCUUCCUAGGCAUCUUUGGAUUUUGCUUUCACAGUUUGGUAACACUAUUUAUCAUUUUUUUAAAAAUUUAAAUCAAUUAUGUCAAUACACCAAAUUUAAUGCUUGAUCAUGAAUGUUGAGGAUGUUUGUUUCCGGAUGUUAUUGUCCUAAAUGGAGCAGAAAAAUAUCUAUCAUACUGUAUUCAAAUUGUAAUGAAUCAGUUCAGUCAUCAGUUACAUUCCCUUGAGAUUGCUCACAUCAUUCUCGCUCAUCUACAUGGAAAUUGCAGGAUUGAACUGGUACCCAAUGCACUAUUUGUGAGUAAAUGCUCUACAAAUGACUGUAUUUUAAACACUCAGUAGUUCCUUCUUUUCACUUGGCAUUUGGUGGAUCAAAGAUAACUACUUUAAUUAGGUAUUGGUAAACAAAACCAGUUACCGCUAUUUUGUACACUUGUAGCAUUUUUACAUAUAUAAUGUAACAAUUUCCUUUGAACAUGAAUAAAUAAGAGAUAUAACACCUGAAACCUAUACUCAUUGUAUGUUAUACAUUGACCAUGCAUUUUAUUUUAGCUAUGGGCAAAGAAAAUUACUGUUUAACCUUCUCAUUCUUGGAAUGGCAGGCUUUUACUAGAAGGGGUUACACAAUGAUCAGCACUAGGGCCCGCUUGUUCAGUCUA